CAAACCUUUGCCCUCUGUUGCAUUGCUUUUAUACUGAAUAGCAUAUAGUCUGUCGAUCGCAAAUUUGUCAUGGAGAAGAAGGAGUCUUACCUUGAUUCAUUUGGAGAGCGCGAAUUUACUUCGAAUAACACGCAGGGUCGACGAGCGCUUUCUGAUGGUGUUUGUUAUACACGUAUGGUUGAAGGACUCCUGCAGAUCACGCCAGAAACUAUCGUGAGUCAAGGACGCCUUACAGAAUCGCCGGGUAAUCUUCACCAACAAUUAAAUCACAAUCGCUCUCUUUUGCUCAAAGUAAAUAAGAAGCUUUUCGACGACGAAUACCUCGAAAGGACGUCGAUUCAAGAGUUGAACAAGAAACUUCGUCGGCUGCCUGAAGGGCUGAUUCGGAAAUUCAGAAAAAGGAGACGAAUUCUCAAGAAUCGUAAAUAUGCUCUAAAGUGCCGACAGAAAGGAAUAGAGCGACAGAGCUACAUCGCACAUGAAAAUGCAGCCCUUGAGCGAGAAAUUCUCCAAGCAAAUAUGGAAUUGAGAAAAGUUACCCAGGAAAGGGACAAAUAUCGACAGAAAUACGAACGAUUGAUAGGUGCUGUUUCUACUUUGAACACAUCAAGAGAGUUCUCUAUGGUGGACUAUGGCAGAAUUGUGACGGAGCCUUGACUGAAAAAGGAAG